CCCUCAGAGUGGAACCGGGACCUGCUGGGAGCCACGGGCAGGACGAUCCCGGACCGCGGGCAUGGAGGAGGAGAACCCGGUAGGUGCCACCCGCUCUGCCCCCGGGGCUGAACGGGGCACGGGCACCCCCACGGGCACCCCGGCCCGGCCCCCGCGCCAGGAGGAGGAGGAGAAAGCGGAGGAAGAGGAUGAGGAGGAUGACGAGGACGUGGCCAGUGACACCGAGGACAUCCCGCUGCUGGCAGGGGCGGCCCCGCGACAGCAGCGGCGACAGCAGCGCCCCGCCAGGGCGGAUGAGGACGGCUGGGAGGCCACCGCCACUGUCCCCACUGUCGCCGCUGUCAGCCCGGACGUGCGCAGUCCGGAUCUCUUCGAGCGCCUGCAGCACGCCGUGAGCUCCCUGGAGCGCGCCGCCUUCUCCCGCCGCCGGCAGCCCCCGGCGUGGCCGCCGCCCGUCCCGGCCUGGCACCGGGCGCUCCAGAGCCUGCAGGAGCUGAGCCGGACACCGGGCUGGGCGCGCCGCUGCUGGCCGGAGGCGGCGGCGGGACCGGGGCCACCGGCGGAGGUGGGGGCGGCGGCGGCAAGGAACGCGAGCCUGCGGGCAGCCCUGGGCCAGCGGGAUGAGGAGCUGGGCCAGGCCACGGCCGCGCUGCGGGCGCUGCGGGGCGAGCGGGAGCGCCUGCAGGGCAAGGUGCGGGAUCUGCGGGAGGCUCUGGCCAGGCUGGAGGAGCCGGGAGGGUCUGGCAGUGACACCCCCGGGACCGGUCACACCCUCGUGACUGGUGACACCUCUGGGACUGGCGACACCCCCGGGGUCGGUGACACCCCCGGGCCCAGCAGCCCCCCGGGGCACCGGCCCCGCGCCCCGCUGUCCCCCCAGCCCUCGGCGGGGCCCGGCCGGGAACAGGAGGAGCGGCUGCAGCAGCUGCAGGGGGUGCUGGCGCGGCUGCAGGAGGCCAACCGGGAGCUGCUGGCGGCGCUGGGCGAGUGCAAGGGCGAGGCGGAGCGGCUGAGCAUGGAGCUGGGCAGGCGGGAGGCGCACUGCAGCGGGCUGCGGCUGGCGCUGAGCUGCAGCGAGCGCUGUGGGGGCGCCUACGCCGCCCUCCUGGACCUGGUGCGGGCAAAGGUGGCACCGGAGGGUGGCACCCAUGGGGCGGCACUGCCCGCACCGUGCCCAGGAACCGCGGCGGAACCGAGCCCGGGCCACGAACCGGGACCUGGCCCCGCCACACCGGAACAGAGCCCCGACCGCGCGCCCGGCCCCGGCCCCGCCACACCGGAGCCCCCGGGCCCAGCGGAGGCGGAGAGCCGUGAGGACCCCGCGGACAGCCCCGGGGCUCACAGCCCCCGGGGGAUGGAGGAGGAGGGAGCGCUGCGGGAGCUCAUCCGGCGGCUCCGCGCCGAGCAGGCGGCGGUGAAGGGGUCCCUGCUGGACGCCGCCGAGCUCUCGGAGCCCCCGCGGGAGCGCGACCUCCGGGGCCGGGCGGAGCGGGCGCUGCGGGAAGCGCGGGCGCUGCUGCCCGGCUGGAGGCGGCCGGAGAAGGAGGAACUGCUGCAGGAGCUGGCGGUGCUCAAGGAGGCGCUGGCGGAGCUGCGGACGCGGCUGCAGCUGGCUCAGAAGGAGAAGCGAGCCCUGGAGCUGCUGCUGGCCGCGCACGGGCCCCGCGAGGCCGCGCUGCGCCUCCUGCUGCGGGAACGGGAGCGGGAACGGCACCGGGACGGGCGGGACGGAGCCUCCGGCAGCUCCGGCAACAGCUCUGGCAGCAGCUCCGGCAGCAGCUCCGAGGAGGAGGCGCGGAUGGGGCGGGGGGCGGCGAUGGCCCCGGGGAACCCCCCGGACCCCGAGAGAACGAGGGAGGAACUGCUCCGGAUCCGGGCCAGGACGGAGCAGCUGCGUGGCCGUGCCCGGGAGCUGGCGCUGGCCCUGGAGCAGGGCAGCGCUGCCAGCCGUGCCCAGCAGGGGCACAGUGCCACGUCACCCUGGAGCUUCUCCAGGCGCACAGCUCGCUGGCCCUGGCGUACCGCGGGGCGCGGCGCAAGCAGGCGGAGCAGCUGCGGCGGCUGCAGGCGCGGGCGGCGGCGCUGCGGGGCCAGCACGGCCGCAGGGAGCGAGCCCUGGCCCGGACACUGCGGGAGCUGGAGCGAGGAGGCGAGACCUGCAUCUAAGGAGCCCCGGAAAUCCCUGGGGAAACUCGGAAAUUCAUGGGGAGCCCCGGAAACCCCUGGGGAAAUUCGGAAAUCUAUGGGAAAACUCGGAAAUCCCUGGGGAAACUUGGAAAAUCAUGGGGAAAUUCGGAAAUCUUUGGGGAAAUUUGGAAAUCUAUGGGGAAAUCUGAAAAUCUCGCUCCCGGUGCCGGCCGAGCCCCGGGCGUGCCCGAACCGCCGCGGGGGCCCGGGAAGGGCCCCGGCCGCCGCCUCCGGUGCCGAACCGCGCUCGCCAUCCCCGCUCCCCUCGCUCCCUCCGGCCCCGCUGGUCCCGGUGGCCCCGCUGGUCCCGGUGGCCGUUCCCGACCCGCGGAGCGCGGGGGGCGUGGAGCGGCCCCGCCGGUGCCGCGGAGCGCAGGAGCCACCGGGGGCGGGAGCGGCCCCGCAUGCGGCCGGUGCCCGCGGGGGGAUGCGCCGCGCCCCGGCCCCGCCGCCGCCGCCGCCGCAAACUUUCCGCGGGGCCGUGAACCGGCAGGAGGAGGAGGAGGAGGAGGAGAGCGACAAAUCCCUGAGGGGGCGACCCCAAAAAAAAACCUGA